ACUGGGCCGACUGUUUGUUAGUUUAAUACGUUAGCAAACUUCGUGUUGGAGACCCAACGUGCUAAGCGUGUUCUGAUAUCUAAGGUGUGUGCCCGGAUCAAGGGACGAGAGUCGUCACAUGUGUGAUGGGAUGUCGGCCUUUCUUCGUCUCGUGAUUUUUGUGGCUUUCAACGGGCUUCAAGCAUUACAGAUUACGCAGCUGUCUGUUCCCCGAUGGAUUGAAAAUGGAACCCAGGAGUCUGUCACGUUGGACUGUGUUUACAACUUUACAUACGAAGACGAUCACCUUGUCGUCAAAUGGUUCCAUAACGAUGAUCCUAAACCCAUCUACCAAUGGAUUCCUGAACUCGGAUCCCGACUGGUUUCCGAGAAACUACAAGGGCGUAUCGACAUGAACUCCUCCACCACUCCAUCCACGAACUUCACGCAGUACCGAAGUCUCCGAAUCCUGAAACCAACCUCACAGCUCAGUGGGAAGUAUUCUUGCCACGUGACAUCUUUCAACGGACUCGACACGGCGGAAAAGGAAAUGACAGUUUACGCUCCAGCUAAGUUUCUUCGUUUUAACUACACUAAAACGACCUCCGAUAAAGCUAAGUUCGGCUGUGAAGUAGACCAGGUUUACCCGAUACCUGAUAUCGAUGUAUUUCAAACUUCACCAGGAGCGAGCGAACACACGGUCAUAACUGACAAAGAGACAGAAGUAUUCCACCAGGAAUAUAGUUAUAAAGUAUCGGUAACUUAUGAAGUAGACGACAGCGAACUCUCACCAGAUGGCGCUACACGGUUUGACUGUUUUGUCUCUUUUCCUGGAACAAAUUAUCAGAGGCUUAGCAGUAUAAAUUAUUAUCCAGAAUGUCAGUCCAUUUUAGAAAUUGAUCAGUCUAGAAACAUCAUCACUGACAUCUAA